AUGGCGCGAACCAAGACAACUGCACGAAAGAGCACCGGGGGCAAAGCACCGCGCAAGCUGCUGUCCACCCAAUCGUCGAGCAAGGUGGCUCCUGCGCCGCCUCGGAUCAUCCAUUUUUGGGAGAGGAUCAUCUCCAACGACCUCACGCUCAGCGACGAAUACAUCUUUGACCCCGUCGAGGUCUCGCCUGUGGACAUGACACACAGCAUCCAAGCGCGCACGACGAUCACAGACGUGUCGGUUCCUCACGAACUCAGCGAAACGGAGCAGACUGGGUUCACGUCUUGGCUCUACGGAUCGAUGGACGUCCAACCCGAGGAUCUUCCUCUCGUUACCCACGAAGGCUCGCUCAUCAGCAUCCGCUGCACCGACAAUGCCACUCUUGAGACGAGUCUUGCGUGUCUAGCCAACUUCGACUCGACCGCUCCCUUCUCCAUCAGAAUCCAGUUGAGAGGCUUUCCCUUCCAGCCGGCGUUUUGGACCUUCCUGGGUCUUUCGCGACACAAUGACGAGGCGCAGCUUCUUCCUCGCCUCAAUGAAUACAUCGACGAAAACGAGGAUCGACUCGGCAGGGCUCGAGCCGUUUGGGCAAGAUUCCGCAAGGAGGAGGGCAGCAGUACGAGGCAUCUUUCCGGUGCUCUCAUCUUUUUGACCGAAAGGGCGACCAUCUGCGAUGAUUCUCCUCUUCCGCUCUUUGACGGCAUCUCGCCGCGCUGGUGCAUUGAGCAGCCGUACUUGUGGUAG